AUGCUAGUCCAAUACAAAAAGGCAGUGCUGCUGCUGCUGCUGCUGCUGCUGCUGCUGCUGCAGCAGCAGCAGCAGCAGCACAUCGCCAGCAGCAGCAGCAGCAGCAGCGGCAGCAGCAACACCAGCAGCAGCAGCAGCGUAAAGGAGGAGGAUAUCUUCUCCGUUGUGGGGUCCGAGGAAGCAGAAGGGCACAGCUCAGCAGCAGCAGCAGCAGAGCAGCAAACAGCAGCAACAAAAAACAAAAAAGGAGACAGCAGAAUAAAAGGAGACAGUACACUAGGAGGAGACACCGCAGCUGCAGAUACACCCCAACACGUGCAGCAGCGAAGCACUAGCGAGCCCGCAGCAGCACAACCCUCGGCAAUAGCAGCAGCAGCAGCAGCAGAAGCAAAUGCAGCAGCAGCAGCAGCAGGAGAAACAGAUGCAGCAGCAGCAGCAGCAGGAGAAAUAUAUGCAGCAGCAGCAGCAGCAGCAGGAGAAACAGACGCAGCAGCAGCAGCAGCAGGAGAAACAGAUGCAGCAGCAGCAGCAGAUGAGGGUGCUGGAGUGACAGUUGGGGAGUUCGUAGAUUUGAGCCGAAGCUGCUUCGUGUUUAACAAGCGAAUCAUAGGAGCAACACCAGCAGCAGCAGCAGCAACACCAGCAGCAGCAGCAGCAGCAGCAGCAGCAGGAGCAGCAGCAGCAGCAACAGCACUAACACCAAAAGAGUGUCAGAGGUUAUGUCUAGAGCAGCCGCGUUGCACUCACUUCGCCUACGUGCUGUCUCCUUCUCUGUCUCCUGCUGUCUCCGUUUGUGAGCAUUUCUUGGUCCCCAAAGAAACAAAAAAAGAAAAGGAGACAGUCCCUUUGUUUUAUUUUCAGUAUAUGGCGCUAGCAGCACGAGCCAGCUGCAGGAUACCGGGCGAGCUGCAGUACUAUAGACACCCGAAGGCCUUCAUAGAUGAAGCAGCAGCUAAAGCAACUGCUGCUGCUGCUGCUGCUGCACUCCAAGCAAGAAAAAACACAUCCAGCAGCAACAGCAGCAGCACCAGCAGCAGCAGCAGCAGCAGCAGCAGCAGCAGCCCCCAUAGUACACCUCGUAGCAGCACUGACGCCCCCUCUCCCUUCCGCUCUGAGGGCCCCUCUGGGGGCCCCUCUACUGCCCCCUCUCCUGCCCCCUCUGGGGGCCCCCCUGGGGGCCCCCCUGGGGGCCCCCCUGAGGGUCCUUCUGCUGGUGUUGAGCGGUCCCUGCAGUGCUCCGACGCGUACACGUUGACGGAUACAUUGAUGGGCGAUGAUUUUUGGGAUCCGGCGAAGUUUUUUUUUUUUGAGUGGGGUGACCCUACUGGGGGUACAGUACAGUACCUGGGUAAAGCAGAUGCUAUAAAAAAGCUUGGAGUGAUGUAA